UCUCUCCCCGCACCUCUGCGCGCAUGCAGCUUCGUGCAUCUGCAAGCUGGGAGCUGGGACUCCACUUGAAUACUUGAAUACUCCACUUUGAAUGAACCGGGGAGCCCCGUUUCCUGCAGCCGGGGAGUCCGGGAUGAGAGUGGCCGGGAGGAGCGGCGGAGCGGCGGACCGACUCCCUGCGCGCAGCGCGGCGCGCUCCAUCUCCGGCUCCGGCAGCAGCAUCAGCAUCAGCAUCAGCAUCCAAACCCUCCGCUCCUGCAUCUCCAGCAUCUCCAUCCUCCACGCCGAGGAUAAAACCCUGCCUGAGAGAUGUUCUAUGGACUGCUGAUGAUUUUUCCUCCUCCAGUUCAAAUUCAAUGGCAGACAAAAGCUCCAUUUCUCUCUGCUCUUGUUACCAUUGAGGCCAGAAAGCUCCAUCUCGUCCUCAGCUGAACCCCCGUCUCUCUUCUCCCCGUCUCUUCCGUCCACUGCCAUGGCUCGUCUCCUGGUAUCUGCGUUGCUGCUGGUUCUCCAGACCAACGCUGCGCCACCCGAGCUCGUCCAGACGAGCGUCGGUUUGCCACUCGACCCCGGUAUCCACUUCGAUCCUGCAGCGCCGGUCAAUGCGUCCGGAGACACGGCGGCUUCAUCUCCACCCCCGGGAACGGCCAAACAGAUCCCGCGGAGCAUCAUCAUCGGCGUACGCAAAGGCGGCACGAGGGCGCUGCUGGAGAUGCUGGACAUCCACCCGGAGGUGGCGGCGGCCGCCACCGAGGUGCACUUCUUCGACUGGGACGAGAACUACGCCAAGGGUUUGGAGUGGUACCGGGACCUGAUGCCCUUCUCUUACCCCGGCCAGAUCACCAUAGAGAAAACGCCCGGUUACUUCACCUCCGCUCUGGCGCCGGAACGCAUCUGCGCCAUGAACUCGUCGGUAAAAUUGCUGCUGAUCCUGCGAGACCCGGCCGAGCGGGUGAUCUCCGACUACACCCAGGUCUACUUCAACCGCCUGGAGAACCACAAGCCCGUCCAGGCCAUCGAGAACCUGCUGGUGCGCAACGGCGCCCUGAACAUGCGCUACAAAGCCAUCCAGCGGAGCCUGUACGACGUCCACAUGCGUAACUGGCUCCACCACUUCCCGCUGGAGCAGAUACACAUCGUGGACGGGGACGCCCUGAUCCACGACCCCCUGCCGGAGCUCCAGAAGGUGGAGCGCUUCCUGAACUUGACUCCCAGGAUAGUGUCCUCCAAUUUCUACUUCAACCAGACCAAGGGGUUUUACUGCAUCCGGAGCGACGGGCGCGAGCGCUGCCUGCACGAGUCGAAGGGACGCCCUCACCCGACCGUCAACGGCACCGUUCUGCAGACGCUGCGCUCCUACCUGCGCGAGCACAACCGAACCUUCUUCAGGCUGGUGAAGCGCACCUUUAACUGGCAAUAAGGAACCCGAAAACCGCACAAGUGGGACUCCAAUGAGCCACCGUCUUGUCUGUAAUGCUGACAAAAAAAACAGGCUGGAAAAGCACUUUGUGCACUUUGAAAGCACACACGUGAAAAGUACGGUGGCCGACGAGGGCCAAACGCACUGUGACGGCCUAAUGCGUCUCAGU